UGGCAGUAGCAGCUCCGGCGCUCGGAGAGAGGCGAAGCAUGGAGGACACAAGAACGGGAGGAAAGGAGGACUUUCCGGAAGCUCCUUUUUCACGUGGUUUAUGGUCAUUGCAUUGCUAGGAGUGUGGGCAUCUGUGGCUGUCCUGUGGUUUGAUCUUGUUGAUUAUGAGGAAGUCCUAGGAAUACUAGGAGUCUAUGAUGCUGAUGGUGAUGGAGACUUUGAUGUGGAUGAUGCCAAGGUUCUAUUAGGACUUAAAGAAAGAUCUGCUUCUGAGCCAACAUUCCCACCGGAGGAGGCUGAGCCACACGAUGAGCCCGAGGUCCAGGCUCCCGGGGGCUCAGAACCCCAGAAUAUUGAAGAUGAAAUAAAAGAACAGAUUCAGUCUCUUCCCCAUGAAACAGUACACACAGAACAUGAAGACCUGCAGCUAGAUGCAGAUGGACUAGCAGGAGAACCGCCGCCCGAGGAUGAGGAUGUCCUUCCAGCAGCUGAUGUCACUGAGAGAGGGCAGACCCUGGAACCUGGGACAUUGUAUGAAGAAAUUCAGGAUAAGUUCUCUGUAGAGGAGACAGUUUUACAGGACCGUCAUCAGGAUAUGGAAGAGAGGAUGCAUAACCAGGAAAUCCCAGAUCUCAGUGAACCAGUGGUAGAGGAUGACAGACUUUCCCCCACCGCAGAUGAUGUACCAUACCAAGAUGAAUCAGCACAUGAGCCUUCAGAAAGUGAAAAGAUAGAAAUUUCAGAUAAUGCUGUAGAAGAUUCAUAG